UCAACAGCUUAUUAGACAGCAGAAGAGUGUCAUCAAACCACUCAUCAUCUGUGAGCUGAAUCUGAUCACAUUUCUGUGGCAAAAUAAAUCACUGAAUGUGGAAUGAUGAGACUCCUGUUCACUGCCAUAUUCCUGAUCCUGCUUUCAGGGACCAUAAUGUCCCAGUAUCCACCUUACAGUUGUUAUUCUCUGACAUACAAGGACACCAUUUUUUCAGAACCCCAAACUGGGCAUUACUCCUUCAAAAAUGCAGCCUACCUAAAUGGCAAAACUAUCUAUAUAUAUGAUAAUAGCAGUAAGAGGGCAGUGCCCCAGCCAGGAUGGCAACAUGUGGAGAAUUGGGAUGAAGUGAGCCAGUUUCAAAAAAAGAGAGAAGAUUUGAUCAUGAAGAAUUUGCAAGAAAUCAUUAACUCUAAUGAAGGUAAAUUCGCCUUUACUCUAUACAUUGACUGCUCCAUUUGUCCAUAUAAAUACUUAGAAGUUGUUCGGAUUUUUUUUCUUAAUGGAGAAAAAUUCAUUAAGACCAACAAAAAUAUGUUGGCCCAGACCUCACAUCAUCCUACAGCUGAAAUGAUCAAACAGAAGUUAAAGCAAGACAAGGAUGCUUUGAAUCAGCUCAAUGCAUAUCUGGAGAAACAAUGUCCUACAAAACUCCAAAGAUAUAAGACUUCUUAUUAUUCCAGAUUGCCAAGGAUGGGAGGAAAGUAGAAAUGAUGAUCCCUGAACAGUAACUAAGAGGAAAAUGAGCAGCUGUGAAGGUUUUCACCAUGAUGAUGACCGCCCACCACUACUCUGUUACUUACCAGUUACUAUCAUUGGUUUUCCAGCCAAGAGAAUUACACAGAUUCUGAUACUUCCCUGGGAGGGGUUACAGUGUGAGAUAAGCAACAUUAAGAUAAACAACUAAACAUCAUUAUAAAAUGAAAUUAAAAAAUUAAAGCAUUAUGUGUGUGUGUGUACAUGUACAAAGAAUU